AUGGCUAUUGAAGAAAAAGCGAGCAUCGAUACCUUAUUAAUUGCCGCUGAGGUUUUAGAACGUGACGUUAUUAAACCUGACAAAAGUUCCCGAUCUGGUGGUAGAGACCACUACGCAGUGAAUGGCCUAAGUGAGCAGGUUUUUCGAUCAAUUCCGUACCAUGGCGAAACUUUCAAAAAUAUGGCAAAUAUGGAUCGGCGAAAUCCGGGCUCCGCGGCUUUCCUCUCCAAUUCAAGAUCACAGGUAAUAACGUAA